GCUAUUAUUUUUAGUAUUAUUCAUACUAUUAUUUAAUAUAUAAUUACUUUAGAAGCAGACUAGAUCGCAUUUAGCAGAGAUCAAACCAGAUAGCGUGAGUCCACGAGGGAAUGAUGUACAACAUGCGUCAGAAUGUUGCCGCUCCUCGCAGUGCACAGACCCCCUCUUUCCCCCCUUUUGAUGGUGUUUCCCCGCGCGUUACGGCGCAAACCUAUAAAUCGCAUCGAGGGGAGUACGUUUCCAUUAUUCUCGAGCUGAACGGCCUUGGCGAGUUCAGCUGUGGGGUAACGAGACAAUCCGUGAAAGUGACGGGCGUUCCAGAGGCAACGGAGGUAAGCCGCGUGUGCGAGUUUAUUUGCUACGUAGAUCCAUCCAUGGGCGAAUUGCGCUACUAUCAGCACGCUAUGCUGGAUGACGAGUUUGAUUUCGAGGUUUAUGGCCGUCUGAUCAACUUGAUCCCAAAAUUCCCACAGCUUUUUUGAUUACCAAGGCAAAGGGAUGCUUUUCACAAAUAUCUAUAAGACAGCGUAAAAAUGUAGGGAAGGGUGUUUAAAUCUUUGUGGCUUAAUAUGUUGGGCAUCGACAGAAUAUCCUUUUUACAUGUUAAACAGCGAUUGGAUUGCAGUGAACGAAGAAAAAGAGUAAGCGUACAGUUCGUUUUUCUUAAGUGAUUGAAUAUGUCACCAUUGUUUUUACUUGCAUAAAUCUGCUUCCAUAUCUCAGAAACGUACACAUAGAUAUAGAAUUAACUUGCAUAUUUCCCUACUAAAUAACUUCUUAA